AUGGAACCAGCUUACUGGGAAUGCCCUAAAAGUGACACAACAGGAGACGCCAUCUCCAAACUCAUUGCAUUUAUAUGUUUUCUGAGCCUGUUCCUGGGACUCGGCCUCCUGAUAAUCCUCUGCUUCUUAAAAAGCUAUACAAGGACCUACUUGAUUCAUCUGCGUGCUAUUACAGCAUCUACGGUACUCUGCAGUAUUAUCGGUUUCUGUCAUCACACUAUUCCCGCACGAAUCGGACCCAACGACUAUAUUUUAGGCCGGAUCGUAUGCCACGUCUGGAGAAGUCUCUACCUCUUCGAUGUAUGUUACAUAUUUGGUGCUCUGAACCUCGUCUUCAUGGUGGGACACAGGGCAAUUCAGAUUGCCGAAAAAUACCAGAACUCCUUCGCUCCGUCCAUGUUCUCAGAUGUAACCUGCCUGAUAAUUAUAGGAGUGAGCAGCAUCCUAAGUGUAUUAAGUCAGGCAUUUGUGGUGCUAUUCGAUGGCAACUAUUGCUUCUGCCGUGAAACAGACAUUCCCUACAUUGUGCUGGUGUGUGCUUAUGUAGGGAGUUUUGUGCGGUUUGGUCUAGCCGUUAUCAUAAGUCCCAUUUUCUUGUGCUUUUCCUGCUAUAAGAUUAUCCAGUGGGUACGAAAUACACCAGCAGAGAAGCUCUGGGACACUUGGAAUUGUCUGACUUUUCCGGGAACGACAGAUCGGCAGAUAAAGGAGCUACGUCGCCCGCGUGGCUGGAUGACAGCAUCCAUGUGCACCGUACCACUUUCAGCAAAUUUUGUGGCAUGCAGUCUUUACGGCAAUAUCUACCAGUUUCUCUGUGCGGCAGGAUUGGGCAAAAUGAAGCUGGGCAGUUUGACCUAUAGGGCAGGAAUCGUGCUUCUUUACCUCCAGUUAUUCUUCUCGCCCAUCAUCAUCGCUGUCUACAUUCCGGCGCUGUGGGACCCGUUUGUACUUGGGGCCAGACGCAUGCCCUCCAUUCUCUUCAAAAAAGUGCGCACGUUGGUUGCAGAAGAUGCCGGAGAUUUGCAAAUUCCCUAA